AUGGGGAUAUUUUAUUCCGUGCUUACCAAAACUUCUAUGUGGGGCUGUGGACAAAGACUGGAGACUACCCAGAGUCUGACCUAGGGAGAGGCCAACUCGGAUACCCCCCUAUGUGCGUUCCUAGAAGCUAAGGACAUUGAGACAGAAAGACAUGGCCUGGAAACAGACACCACUCCUGCUUUUGGUCUACAUGGUAACAACAGGCAGUGGCCGGGACAGAACAGACCUACUCAACGUUUGCAUGGAUGCCAAGCACCAUAAGACAAAGCCGGGCCCCGAGGACAAGCUGCAUAACCAGUGUAGUCCAUGGAAGAAAAAUGCCUGUUGCUCAGUCAACACCAGCCAGGAGCUGCACAAGGAUGACUCCCGUCUGUACUUCAACUGGGAUCACUGUGGCAAGAUGGAGCCUGCCUGUAAGAGUCACUUCAUCCAAGACUCCUGCCUGUAUGAGUGCUCCCCCAACCUUGGGCCUUGGAUCCAGCAAGUGGACCAGAGUUGGCGUAAAGAGCGUUUCCUGGAUGUGCCCUUAUGCAAAGAGGACUGUCACCAGUGGUGGGAAGCCUGUCGUACCUCCUUUACCUGCAAGAGAGACUGGCAUAAAGGCUGGGACUGGUCCUCAGGCAUUAACAAGUGCCCAAACACAGCACCCUGUCACACGUUUGAGUACUACUUCCCGACACCAGCCAGCCUUUGCGAGGGUCUCUGGAGUCACUCCUACAAGGUUAGCAACUAUAGCAGAGGGAGUGGCCGGUGCAUCCAGAUGUGGUUUGACUCAACCCAGGGUAAUCCCAAUGAGGACGUGGUGAAGUUUUAUGCCUCCUUUAUGACAUCUGGGACUGUGCCCCAUGCAGCAGUGCUUCUUGUGCCCAGCCUGGCCCCAGUGCUGUCAUUAUGGCUCCCUGGCUGAGAGGUCAGUCUUCUCUCUAGAUUUCUCCUCUAUCUACCCUUGGUCUGGUUCAACUCUUCAAAAAAUAAGGAAGACUUGAGCCUGCUUCUACCCCUCUCCUAUGUCAUCCAGUUCCUGAUCCAUGUUGAGGGCUGGGGUUUCUACAACAAUCAUUUUCAAUAAAUCUAUGACACAUCUGGGCCUAAUGAA